AGAAAAAAAAGAGUGAGAAAAACGUCAAAAUUUUUACUUCAAGUAAAUGGGUAAAAUAGUGAAAGUAAAUAGUGAAAAUAAAGGGGAAAAGGUAUCGAGUUAUCCCGGCCUGGUAUAAGCCGUUAUAUUGGUAAUAAGACGUUAAAGAGAGGGAUAAAAGGAGGAGAACCAGAACCAGAUUUGGGCGAGAAUCAACCUUCUAAGGUUGUACUCUUUUUUACGUUAAGAUGAUGAUUAGAGAAGUUGUUGUUGACAGGAGAGAAAAAAUUUAAAGAAAUAAAAUAUAAAUAAUUUUUUGUGCGCUUUGUUGGUACAAAAACAAGGCUAUAUAAAAUAAAAGUUCGAGGAAAGUCAAUCACCAGUUACAUUGUAGAUAUAAACAGAUGAACAACCAUUUUGAGUAAAAGUAAUAGCAAGAAGUAAACAAUAUUUCAAUAACUGGCCUCGAAUAGUGAAACAUCAAUUAGAGGGAUUCGUCAAAAUGUAAUUGAUGAUCAAAAUCACGUAGAUAUUGAAAUAGUCAAAAUUUCCCGUUUUGAUUUGUUUUGUUGUGAUCAUAAAUCAUUGAGUCAACCCAACACUUGGUCAAUAUAUAUAAAUCCCUAAAAGUGUCCCACAAAAUUUACUACAAAGUAAACCAACGAGAACAAUAUAUAAAUUGUUUCAGUGAUUAUAUGAAAAUUGUUUCAAAAGUGAUUACAAUGUUAUUACUGGCCUUGCCCUUAUACUGUUCCAAUUGUAACCCCAAUCAAGUGAUGACAACAAUUAUUCAAAGUUGAUAUUGUGCCACCAUUUUCACAUACACUUUCACCUGACAUCAACAACAUUAUUAUCAUUUAUUAUAAAGAUUAUCUUUUAAUAAUCAGUAUAAUAGUAAUCAUAUAUAAUAGCAAUCAACUACUACUAGUCCUUACUUUCAUUACUUUCUUCCUCCUCAUCAUCAGUGCCGUCAUUAUCAUCAAUAACAAGCCCAACGCCGAGAAACAAAUAAACAACAUCAAACCUUAUUCACUUUACAUUUUUUCCGCAUCACAGUUAAAAUUGACCGGCCGAACUUGAUGUACUCAACACUCGUUUUCAUCGAGAAAUACAUUCCUCAUCCUCACGCCUCUCUCCUAUUCUCACUCUUCUCAUCCAUCUUCUUCCGCCGCUCUCAAUCUUCAUCAUUUUCCUCUCUUCCUCGCUAAACCUCAUCAUCAACAUCACUAAACGAGGGAAACAAGAAAGUGAAAAAUAUUCUUCUUUUUUUGCCGUCAAAUCAUACAUCAGACUAAAUUAAACUACGUUACUACAUGUAUUACUAACUUUCAAUUCAUUUGUGCAAGUUUCCGGAAAAGUACUCACUACCAACUUAUUUACUAACUGAAUUAGCUUAAGCAUAAAUCUGUAAACUUCCUCUUUCUUUCUCUCUCUUUCUUUACAUCUUUUUUCUCUUCUUCAUCAUCUCCUUCCCGUUAAAUUUUACGGUAAAAAAACAGCUAUCUUACUUUUUUACCUUUUUGAUCAUAAUCAAACUUUGGGUUGACUUGACUUGUAUCCAUCAGUCAGGUUUCCCAUCCAGUUAGUUAUUAUUACUUUCUCCUUCUUUUUUAUUUUCAUUACACUUUCACUUGAAACUCAUCUGAUACCCUUGAUAUUUGAUUAACAUGAAUUUGGACCCGGAACUGGGAUCCGAUCAACAUGCGGUUAGCAUUAAACUAACCAAUGUCAAUGAUGCCACCGAUGAUUGCGUUGUUCCCGCGACAGCAAUAGCAGUAGCAGCUCCAAUUGCUGUUGUAUCCACCGUUUCAAAUAAAAAUGACCAUGUAACCAAUUUAAUGUUAUCAUCUUCAUCUUCUUCACAUUCUUCAUCUGUAAUUGUGGUUCCACCGCAAGCAAAUAUUUCCGAUUCAUCUUCAAUAAUGUCCACUGAUUCAUCUUCAUCUUCAUCGCUUCCACCAACACCAACCACAAUACCUCUUCAUCCUAGUUUGACUCGCGGCUUAUCGCCCAGACUUUCCUUGGAAUCAGCUGGAUCAUCUAAAAGUGUUUCAACCACAUCUUCAUCUUCUUGUCCAAGUUCAAAUCGAACAUCAUAUCUCGCUGAAGCAGUUGCUUGUUCCGAUGGACGCAUAACUUCUGGAAGUUGCAGUCUAAUUUGGAAAAAUUUAGCUUAUACAAUUGAGACGAGUAAAUGGUCAUCUUCAUCUUUUUAUGGAGUUAAACGGUCAACAUCCAAAAAGGUUAUCUUCACUGGGCUCUCUGGUGAAGUUAGAGCAGGACAGUUAACAGCCGUAAUUGGACAAUCAGGUGUUGGUAAAUCGACUCUCCUUGAAUCUAUUGCUGGUCGAAGGAAACAAGGUUUAACAGGUGAAGCAUAUCUAAAAUUUGUUGGAUCUACCACUCAUCAAGUCAAUUCAGCUCAAGUUUCAUUCAUACCACAAAAGGAUGCUCAUCUUCCCUGUCUUACAGUGAAAGAAACUCUUAUGUAUGCUUCAAGACUGAAAAACUCUGAAUCAGCUCAAAGAGUUGUCUCAAAGUGUAAAAAGCUAAAUCAAUUUGACUUUCUAACUGAAAUGGAUUACCAUAAUUACCUUAUUACCCAAGUUCAGAAAGAUCUUUGCCUGGGUCGUUGUUGGGAUGUUAAGGUUGCCAAAUGUUCUGGAGGAGAAAUUAAACGUCUCUCAAUGGCUGUUGAACUUAUCUCCAAUCCUAAAGUGAUUAUCCUUGACGAACCUACAACAGGCCUUGAUGCAACAUCAGCUUUCCACUGUAUCGAGGUGCUAAAUUGUCUCACAGAAAUGGAAUCCCCUCCGGGAAUAAUUGCCUCAAUUCAUCAACCCAGCUCAGAACUUCUUAAUCUUUUUCACAAUGUAUACGUUAUUGGAGCUGGUGGUCAUUGUAUUUACAAUGGACCAACUGACCAAUUGGUUACCCAUCUGGCACAAAAUGGUCUAUGUUGUCCGCUUUAUCAUAAUCCAGCUGAAUUUAUUGUUCAUGUAGCCUCAGGUCGGUAUGGUGAAAAGAUACUUACCAAUUUGGCUUCCAUACAAGCUGAGUCUUUCGAAAAUCUUCAUGCUGCCAUUAAAUCGGAAGAGAUUGACGUUGAUGUAGAUAAAAUUGAUGUCAAACGUCUCUAUGAGAAAACUAACCGCAAGCAACAUCCGACUUGCAGUCAUAUUGGUUUGCUUCUUACACGAACCUGGAAGUCAACUAUUAGACAACCCAUGUUGACCUGGCUUCGAUUAUCUCAAUAUCUUUUGGUUGGCCUCAUUCUUUCUUUCCUUCAUAACUACAAAAUCGGUGAGCUUGACGGUUGUUACACUGAUGUAAUCAAAAAUGCAACUCUCUUAUCAGGUGAACAAAAUUACGGUCAACUGUUGGCCAGAAUUAAUGACAAUACGGCAACAAUUUAUUUUGCCCUUAUGUUCCUUGUUGGCGCAGCCAUAGUCCCAACAGUUCUAACGUUCCCCACGGAAAUAUCUGUGGUCUUUAAUGAGCGUCAUAACGGCUGGUAUUCAUCAUUUUCCUAUUAUAUUGCUAAAAUAAUAUCCGAGAUUCCUUUAUCAGCUGCCCUUCCUUUGCUUUUUGCAUCUCUUUUCUAUUAUUUUACUGGACAAAUACCCGAGAUGAGCCGUUUUGCUCUUUUUUAUAUGAUCAUAUUUCUUUUAUCCAUUAUUGGUCAAAUAAUUGGGCUCAUAAUGGGUACUAUAUUCAUGGACGAUCCACCUUCUGCUGUUUUCAUGUCCAUUUCAACACUUUGUCCAAUUUUUAUUGUCGGUGGAUUCCUUCUUCGCGAAUCUAUAAUAGUCUGGUUCCUUAAACCUCUCUGGUACCUUUCUUAUGUUCGUUACGCCUUUGCAUCCAUCAUUGUAGCUCUUUAUGGAUUCGGACGUUGUGGUACAGAAUAUAAAGCACCAUUAAGAAGAUCAGUAUUACCCCAGUUGACCCAAUUAGUCCAAGAUGAAGAUAUUGGUUGUGUUUACGAUCAAUACCAACUAAACUCAGACUGUUUCGAUGAAAUCCUCAGAGAAUGUAAUACAACCAUGGAUUACAUUUACAAAAAGACUAUUGGCCGAGAAGAGCACCGUCUAACUGCAUCAGUAGACCAAUACGAUGGUUCCUUUGUCAUGUCUUAUUAUGAGGUAACCAACACUCAGUUUACGGUUAACAUAAUUGUCUUGGUUCUAUAUUCACUGGUUUUAAUAUUGAUAAACUAUUGGAUCUUAAUAUACAAGAUCAAAAGGAAGAUUAAGAAAUGAUAAAUUUAAAGUCAAUAAUCAUCACAAAUCAAAAUUGAAACAUUAACGAUUAGAGUGAAAUUAAACGGGAAACAAUAAGCCGCUCAACAUUAAACAAAGACUCAACCACUGUUUGGUUCUUACCAGCAAGCUAAGUGUGUUAAUUAGAUUAGCCACAACCAUUGGCUGCAUCAUUUACAUUUUAUAGACAUUUUUUACCUAUUGUAAUUAAAAAAUUGUGUUUAUUGGUGUUUUCAUCAAAAUUUUAAUUUCAUCGUUCAUUCCAUCAUAAUUCACCUUUCAUCGAAACAUGUUCAACCAUUCAUCUAUUCAUCCAUCUUAAUAAUUUAAAUGGACUACCAAGCAAGGAGAUUACCGAAAUGUGUGGUGUUUUUUGCUUUCAUCUAUUCAAUUCAAUUUCAAUAUCACAAAAGACUCUUUUUUAAUCAGGUCACCAUCAGCUUGGAAUCACCACUCAAAAGUAUUCAUCAAGUAGGAUUACUUGAUCUUCAUCACAGUCAUCACCAUCAUCAUCAUAACCAUUAACUUCUUUCCCUUCUUCCUCAUCUUUUCCUCUUUUAAUCAUUCCUUCUUUAAAUCAAUCUAAUUUACCAUUUGAUUGCAAACUUUCACUUCACAUUCUUGAUCACUCACCAUCAUCUUGAAAUAAUCUUUUCUAAAUCAAAUCUUUAUAAUUAAAGAAAUGGUUCAAAUCAUUACAUGAAGAGAGAACAAAAAGGAACAGAUUUUAAAAAUUUGUUCUGAAUACCAUUAAAAGUUGAUCUUAAAUACAAAUACAAAUCUUUAAUCUUACAAAAAAAUUAAUGUUCAUUAUUUAUACAAAGUACAAAACUGUUUGUACUCUGCUUUGUGAUCAAAUGGACAAUUGAAAAGCCAAAUUUAUACACAAUGACCAGCGAUUAUAAACAGUUAGACAAUUUAAAUGCCAGAAACACCGUUAUUUGUGAUGAAAGAUUAUUUUUUGAAUUGUUGUUAUCAUUCAAUAUUUUACUUGACCAACAAUCAUUUAUAAUAAUAUAAUAAAGACAAACCUUGAAGUAACGACGAUUCAACAUUUCCUUAAAUCAAUUAACGUGCAAAAGCCUGAACAAAAAAAUGAAUUACAAUCAUUAUUACUGGUUAUUUAAAGUACCAAUCUUAAGAAAAUUAUCACACAUAUUAUGUACUCUUGAUUAUGAUUAAAUCGCCAUUCGUGGAUCAACUAACCGGUAAAGUGUCUAUUUUUAAAAAUAUUAAGGCACAGGUAAAAGCUAAAUUGUGAAAAGCCUUGGACAAAAUUUUCUUGCCUUUAAUUGUAUUAUAAGUAGACAAAUUACAAAUAGUCAAACCAAAUUUCACAGCAAUCAAUGGAAAGCAAUUUACAUUUCCAGAACUUUAAAGCUUCAAGUUUAAAUCAGUUUGAAAACAUCUGGAUGACACAAAAAUGGAUGCUUUUGCUUACAUUUUAUACAAUUCCUGUAAUGGCUGGACAGAUCCUCUUUCAUUCGAUUGGAUCAAAAUUGAAACGAUCAAUUGAUUUUUGCGAUUGAAUAAAUUAAAAUUUUUGAAUUUAAGCAACACAAAAGUGUUGUAAAGUCCAAAUGUAGCGUAUUUCAAUUGGAUCAGCUAAGAAAUCACGAGAAUGGUGAUAAAAUCAUUUUAACGAUGAUUAUAAAUUCAACUCUUACAAUAAAUUGUUUUGAUUUUUAA